UUGUGUCUUCAUGACCUAGCUAAUAUCUGGACGUAAAAACAAUAACUAGUGUACCAGCGAACUCAAUCCUUGGCGUAUCCGACCAUGAAUAUAGGAAACAUCCCGACGUAAAAACUAGAACUAGUGUGGUGACGGUGAACUUAAUCCUUCCCAUUUAUGAUGAUAACCUUAGCUUCUUCAUGGCAUGGAAUUACGAUUGGUAUGGGGGACAUAGCUGUUGGUGGACCAAUUGUUAUGGUCAUACGUACCGUAGCUUUUGAGGCAGCGAGCUAUUUUGCCAAGGGAGCCAGUGCAGCCGCUCCAAUUACAACAGUUCUCUCUCUUUCUCUCCCUCUUCCUGCUCCAAUAGUUGCCAACCGUUUCAGAAAAUUCAGCCAAGCCACUGCCCCUUUUAUCCUAUCUCGCUGCACUCCAACAAUUUUCACUACUCCUAGUGCCUCUCCCUUUUUUACGCCCAUGUUUUACGGCAAAACCACCGGACGUUUACAUUGUGCUCCAACGAUGUAGGAGAAAAUCUUACUAGUUUCCACGGAGAAAAGAUAUUUUUAGAAAAGAGAAACCCUAUCAAAAUUGGUUCCCUAUUUAUGGUAUGGAAAAUUGGUCUCCUUGUUUCCCGUCCCUCCCACUAAUAUUGAGAGAGAGAGAGAGAGAGAGAGAGAAAAAUAUUAGAAAGAUUCUCAUCAUCUCCUUUCCUUGCGUAUCUCUUGCCUUCUUCCUUCUAAUGGUGCUUCUUUUGUGAUCCAUUGCUUGGAUCCUUGUUUUAUAUAGCACAAGUUAGUAUUAUUGCUUGAGGUCUACCAGCUAGCUUCAACGAUGGUUAAAUUCAGCAACAGCCUUCUGGGCCUCCUAAACUUUGUCACCUUUCUGGUCUCCUUCCCGAUCAUCGGCGCCGGGCUAUGGUUCAAGCUCAUCUCGUCCACCGAGUGCGGGAAAUUCCUCCAGCUGCCGGUCCUCUCCUUUGGCAUAUUUCUAAUGGUGGUGUCUCUCUUUGGUAUGGUCGGCUCAUGCUGUCGUGUGUCCUUCCUUCUCUGGAUCUAUCUGUUUGUGAUGUUUGUGUUGAUACUUGGGAUGCUUGGCUUCACGGUGUUUGCUUUCAUGGUCACGAAUAAGGGCGUAGGGCAGGUCAUAGCAGGGACGGGGUACAAAGAGUACAAGCUUGGGGACUACUCGAGUUGGCUACAGAAAAAGGUGGGGGAAGAUGACGUUUGGAAGGAUAUUCAAAGCUGCCUGAAGGAUGUCAAGGUGUGCGGGGGGUUCCACACUGAAAUUGGAUUGAAGGCUGAUGAGUUCUACAAGCGACACCUAUCACCCUUACAGUCUGGCUGCUGCAAACCGCCGACAUACUGCGGAUACGUGUAUAAGAACGCUACGUAUUGGACAAUCCCAGAAUCCGGGCUUAAAUCAACGGAUGUUGAUUGUAAGAUGUGGAACAAUGAUGAACAACGCUUGUGCUACGGGUGUAACUCAUGCAAGGCAGGAGUGCUCGAAACCGUUAAGGAUAAAUGGAAGCAGUUUGCCGUCUUCAACAUUGCCCUCCUUGUAUUCCUCAACAUUGUCUACUGUGUUGGGUGCUGUGCCUUGCGAAAUAACAAGCACCAUAGAAAGUAUAGCAGUAGUUAUUAUUACAGAGGGCCAUAUCGCUGAGUCGAUUUGGCAGAAUGAUGUAUUUGUUUCUGUUUGCUGGCUGUAUCUAUUGUUGCAAUUGUUAAUUCUAGCUUUCAAAUUCAUGAUGAUACUUCGCCUUAUUAACGUAAAACAUUAGUUGUUUGCAUCGACUCCUA